UGUGGAUGUUUGUUCCUCUUAUCUAGUAGAACACGUAAGAGGAUAGAUUUCUGUAAUCUCUUUAUGAAACUUCUGAUAGAUCUGUUUGGAGAGGCAUUAGCUAGCAAUGGCUUACCGUCUGUUUGAAGGCAAGGAGCACGCUGCUUCCUACUGGAAGUACAGGAUCUCUCCAUCAGAUCAUCUGAUACAACAGGUGCUGGACUUCCUGGAAAAACAGAAAGGUCGUCCCUUUGAGCUGGCGGUGGAUGUGGGUUGUGGCUCAGGACAGGGCACUUUGCUGCUGGCCAAACACUUUGCCUCUGUGGUGGGGACAGACGUGAGUCCUGCCCAGCUGGAAGUGGCGUUGCAGCAUGUUAAAGAGCCAAACAUCACAUAUAAACAGUGUGUGGCUGAGGAGCUGCCGUUUGCUGACAGCUCAGUGGACCUGAUGACAGCCAUGUCGGCAUUCCACUGGUUUGACAGGCCACGCUUUCUCCGAGAGGCCCACAGAGUCCUGAAGCCCCGUGGCUGCUUAGCUCUGCUCAGCUACACCAUUGACAUGGAGCUCAGUCACCCCGACUGCUGCUCGCACACGCUGAACCAAGUCUGCAAAGAGUUUUACGCAGCCUUACAACCAUACCGCAGUCCUCAUCUGGGUCCCAGCUCCAUUGAGUUAUACCGGGAGGCAUGUGAAUCCCUCCCUUACCCUGACAAGGAGUGGCAAGAGUGUGUGUGGGUGAGAAGGCCCAUGCCUCUGUCCAGCUACAUGGGGUUGGUGGAGUCUUUCUCCAGUUAUCAGGCUCUGCUGAGAGAUGACCCACAGAAAGCCACCGAUCUCUCCCAGGACACCUGUCAAAGGUUGAUGACCAUAAUGAAGGUGACCUCGGCAGAGACAGAGGUGGUGGUGGCUGUGAAGUAUUUCUACCUGCUGGCCUGCAAACCAGAGGAAGCCUGACUCUUGCCAGCACCCACAGGAACCUGAAACCCCGUGUUUUGCCUACAAAUGCCAUUUAUGUAAAACGAAUAGCUCGACAUUUUGGUGCUGGAAAGUUGUACAUGGAGGAUGAUGAACUGUUUCUUUAACAAAAGAUAUGCAAAGGUAUUGGUUCACUCUCCAAUAUCUUUAUCUCGCAGUCAUCCUCUUUUCAUGGCGCUGACACUGUGCAGAUUCACAGUAUAUGUUUGUAUUAUAUGACUGUGAUUUGUGAUUUGUUGAAGUACACAGGAUAUCUUUGUGUGAAGCUAAGGUGAAUGUAGUACCACACUUGAACAUUGUAAAUGAUAUCUUCUGUGUAAUUGUUUUUUUUUUUUUUUUUUUCAAAUGACUGAAUGUCUUACCCACUGUGGGCAAGGUGAACAAGUGCAGUAUUUGCAAGGAUUGUUUUAUAAAAUACCACUAGAGGGAAGCAUUUGAUCAAAAGUCAAAGUCUGCAUAUGUUCUUUAUGUGACAUCUAUGUUGCGUGGGAUCAUAUUCACUGACACAUGCAAUAUAAUAUUCAUCAUAUGUAGACUGGAUGAUGAUGCCAUACUGUAUAUAAUUUUUUUUCUAUGCAAGACUCCCACUUUCUAAAAUUAUGCUGCAGAGUCUUUGAAGGGAAGCACGAGUCCUUUGUGUUGGUGUCAGAGCUGAGACAGCUCUUUCUUCUUCCUGCUCCAAAGACAAGCCGGGCAGAGAAUGUGACUCGUCAUCAUCCUGAGACAUCUCCAGACUUUCUUUUCGGGUUUGAAGCUGAGUUCUUUGAUAGUCAGUCUUAGAUUUCAUUUCUUUGGAUUGUCCUUCUGAUUCCUCUGAUCUUUUUCAUUUUCGCACUUCUAAGGCAACAUUUACACCAGAGGUCACAGUGUUCACCUGUAUCUACUCUUUAUCUCCUGGUUAUAGCUACUUUUAAAAGUGUUUUGUGCUCUUUUGAAGAAGUACGAGUGAGGUACAGUAUACAUAAGUCUAACCCACGAGCACAGACAAAUCCCCAUCAUCAGUGACACACAGGUUCAGGUUGGUAUAAGCUGAAAAGUCAGCUGCCUGUAGCUCUGUAACCUGGCGGGGGGCCAGUACCACUAACCCCACUCUCUGUUUGCUGGAAGACACUAUACAGUGGAAAACAUGAAGUCACUCUCCAAAUAACUUUCAAUGACCUCCAAUGAUCUCUGUACGAAGAGCAAAUUUGCAAUGGAUGACUCAUGUCUCCUAUCGGAUUUAUUUCCACUGAUGACACUGGCCCAAAUAUGAAAUAAGUAUCUGAAAAUAUCAGAUACCAUGUGCUUUUUUUUCCUGGUUACAUUAUUAUAGAUGUGUACCACAUGAGAGAGCAAAGAACUGAAUUACAUCUCUUUUACUAAGAGGUGUAAACGAAACCCAGGCUUUAUAAUUGCUCUGAAUGCCUGCAUAUUAAAGCCCUCAGAAUCUUUGUUUUAAAAGCAUAUCGCAGCAUUUCUUGCUUGCUGACAACUUUGUAGUGAGACUAUUUCACAUUUCAUUUGCUGCCAUUUUUUUUUUCCUUUUUCAGAAACCCAUCUCUAUCAAUAACUUUAUUAUAAUUAUGUCAUUUUAGCACCUAUACUCAAUAUUUGUAUAAUAACAAUGUAUGAAAUGACAUAAAAUGUUAGAACAGUGUGACAAUAAAUAUGAAAAA